AUGCGCAUUAUAUCAUCUACAUGGUGUGUGCUGCUGCUGCUGCUAGCGAUUGCGGUUACCGCGUCGCAUGAGCCGCGCUUCCACGUGCGUCCGCCCACCAAUUGGGUCAGCGGCCCCAACGGGCCUUACCGUGACCCCGUCACAAAACAGAUGCACCUGUACAUGCGGUGCAACCCGUACGACUCGGUGUGGGGAAGUAUAAAUUGGUACCACUUCACCUCGAUGGACUAUGUGAAGUGGCAGGAUCAAGGCAUUGCACUAAAGAACGAUAAUGAAUACGAUCGCAGAGGUGCGUACAGUGGAACCAUCACGCAGGGCGCUGAUGGAACACCCGUGCUGAUGUAUACGUGUGCUGCAGAUGGUGACGUGCAGCGACAAUGCAUUGCUUUACCACCCAAGGAAGAUGUCCAAUCUGAUGGCAAACGUUCACUCAACUCGUUUGUAAAGCUUCCUACAAAUCCUGUAUUGACAGAGAAUGAUGUGCCUGGUCUUGUUGGGCUGAACCACUUUCGUGACCCCACAAACUUCUGGGUGAACCCUGAUAACACAUCAGAGUGGCUGGUGGCUUUCGCAGCCAGUGUUAAAAAUUCAGCUGGUGUACCUGAAGCGCAGGUUGUUGUUUUCGCUACCGGUGAUAUAAAACUCACUUCAGACUUCCGAUUCUCACAUGCCAUUUGGGAAAAUUCAUUCGAAAUGAAUAACAUGAUUGAACAUCCAGAAUUUUUCCAACUGGAAGAAGACGAAUACUACUUGAAGGUGUCAACAAUGAUCAGUGGUCAGGACUAUUGGGUGUAUGGUAACUAUACGAAGAAUCCUGAUAAUAAAACGAUCUACCUCGAGGACUUUGCUCGCGGCCGGACAUACAUCGACUACGGCAGAUGGUAUGCAUCCAAGCAGAAUUAUGAUCCCAUUCUCAAACGCACUAUAUUGUGGGGUUGGAUCCCUGAAGAGGACACGGAAGCUGCAAUGAAGACUCUUGGGUGGUCUGGUGCAAUGGACAUGCCUCGUAACGUCGAGUACGAUUAUACGGCCAAAAAGUUAAAAACCUACCCCAUGCCGGAGCUCACCCUCUUGCGUCUCUCUGGUACAACGGGUGAUGUUGAAAUCGGGGUGAACGAGGUAAAAGUGUAUAACGCCAACGCCCCGCUGCACUAUGAAAUGGAGGUGGAUUUUGUAAUACCUGAGGGAUUCACCAACAAACCAGCGGAGAACACAGACGACGUCCCAUCCUUUGGUGUACUCGUACGCUACAAGGAUAGCAACACAUACACUCGAUUCGCUGUGACGAUGCCUCCGACUGCAAAUAUGGGUGCGGGGUUUGAUCAAAAAGGAAAGGUGUUGGCCGUGCACGAGUAUGGAGACCAGGAGUCGUGCGCAUUACAUUGUCAAUCAGAUCGUCGUUGUGUCGCAUGGACGGUGGUAAAUGCAACA